CCUCCUCCUCCCAUCCCAUCGCUGCCGUCCCUCCUCCCGGCCGCCAGGUGCCCCUCGGCCGCCGCCGCUCGCUGCUGAUCCGGGGCGGCUCUGGCGGCUGCGGCAGGCCAGGAUGCUGUUCCCGCUGCCCCUGCGUGCAGCCUGCAGCCUGCUGGGCUGGUUCUGCCUCUACAAGUGGUUCUGCCGCCGCUACCGGCACCGCAACCUGGAGUGGAGCUGCAGGCUGGUCACGCUGACCCACGGCAUCCUGGCCACCUGCCUGUCUGCCUACAUCGGCUUCAUCGACGGCCCCUGGCCCCUGAGCCACCCAGGCUUACCCAACACGACCCUCCAGGUGCACGUGCUGUGCUUUAGCUUGGGCUACUUCAUCUUCGACCUGUGCUGGUGCGUGUACUUCCAGACAGAGGGUGCCCUGAUGCUGGCCCAUCACCUGGUGAGCAUCGUGGGCAUCGCCGCCUCCCUGGCCCUGGGCGAGUCGGCGGCCGACGUCAACGCCGUGAUUUUCGGCAGCGAGAUCACCAACCCGCUGCUGCAGGCGCGCUGGUUCCUCAAGGAGCUGGGCCGCUACCACAGCCUGACGGGCGACCUGGUGGAUUUCCUCUUCGUGGUGCUGUUCACGGGCGUGCGCAUCGGCGUGGGCGCCUGGCUGAUGUACUGCGAGCUGGCCUCGCCGCGGCCGCGCUGGUUCAUCAAGCUGGGCGGCGUGCUGAUGUACGCGGUGUCCUGGGUCUUCAUGGUCAGCAUCUGCCGCUUCGCCCGCAGGAAGAGCAUGAGGAAGUACCAGGCGUGGAGGAGGAGCCGCGAGCUGGGCUUGAAAAGCAACGGGCACCUCAAAGGGCACUGAGGGCUCUGGAGGAGGGGCAUGGUGCCUGAAACGCCACUGCUGGGAGAGGAGCCAGUGCAUGUUAGCAGUGCUGGAGCCAAAUUCAUCCCUGGCCCAGCUCCACUGAAAUCCGGGGAGCUGUGCCAUGGAUUCACUGGGUCUGCAGCGCUGGACGUCAGCGCAGCCUGAAUGAAGAGUGAAAGAAGGGCUGACUUUGUAGACUAAACCAGUCCAGCAGUGCAGGUGUAAAUAGUGAUGUGUGUAGCCAACUCCCUCAGGACCUUGGAGGAGAGGAGGAGGUAGGUCUCCAUGUCCAGUGUCUGUGCAGUCUAGGCAGCUAGAGUGGCUCUUCAUGCUGGUAGGAAGAAAUGUUCUAUGUUGAAUCCAAGCUGGGGCUCCUGGCUCUUCCACCACCUCGUUGUGUGACCUUGGGCAAGUCACACAACUCUAACUCUGUGCCUAAUUCCCCCUCUGUGACUUGGGGGUGAUGGAGCUGCUCCAUCUGUUAUGCACUUUCAGAUUUUUACUUGAGAGGUGCUAUAUAAAUGCAAAGUGGUGGUUGUUAUCUGCACUUGGUUCAUUAUCCCCUUGUUUCCCUUGGGAGAAACGACUUUGGUGGUCGAGCUAGAGCAAGACUCUAGAAAAAUCAGUAUUUUAGGUAGGUAGUUGUUUCCUACCCUUUCUAACUCCUUUUAAUUACUUAUUUAUUAACAUAUUGAUAACUUAUUUUCUGUAGUGUCCAGAAGCUCUAGUCAGCACUGGCUCCAUACAGGACUAGGUGCUCUGUGAAUACACCCAAAGACACAGACCCAAAAGGGAAAUUUUUUUCCUGAUUUUUUCCUCUUUUUUCCUGACUGUUAAAACUCUCCUACAAACACUGAUUUUAGCUCCUUGGGUAACCAGCACACUCCAUUUUGAGAAGCCCAUCAGGAUUUGCCAGUCAGGGGUUUUCUUGCUGAUGAGCCAAGCCCCUGACUUUGUCUCCAGAGCACCAACAUUUCCUCUGUUGUGCCCCAAAUCCAAAUUGGGAUUUCUGGUUGCCCAAAAUCUGCCCUGUGGAAGCCACAGACUGACCUUGGCUCUCCUUCAUCUGAAUGAAUGCCUUGACCCCUGGGCUUUGAUUUCCCUCUGACUGAGUCUGAGUCACUUUAUAAAAGUGAACAUUUAGAGGGUCAGAGAGUCUUCUUUUGCAGCUUAGUAAUGCAAGAAGUGAGACACCCAGAAUCCAGUCCUUUUUAAGAAAAAAAACCAGCAAAACAACUCAGACUGGGAGAAAAAUAAGCAUUACUUAUCUGCUUUCAUUUGCAGGGAAAAGCCAUGCCCAGUUGGCAGCUUCUGGAGUUUAUUCCAUUGCAUGUUCUUAAGCUGUUCCUUUGCUGUUGCUGUGAUUUUGAGCUUUUCCUUUGAGCCUCCAGUGCAGCUCAGGUGCCCCCUUUUGCUUGAGCUUUGCCUGCUGCAGCCAAAGACCUGAAGAACCCCCCAAAAAUCCCCUCCAGAUGAACAGAGCCAACUGAUGAGCUGGUCCUGGAGAGGAAACUCGACUCAUUCAGCACUCAGGCCUUGAAAGGAGACCAGAAGGGCUGGUUGGGGCUUGCUGGUUCUUUUUCCCAGCUCUGUUCAGCACAUCCAGGAGCCUUUUUGCCUCAACUUAACCCACUUUGGGAAGUGGGUUCAGUCUUACCUACCUCGUAGGGUGUUUCCAUUUGGCACCAAGCCACCUGGGAUGAAUUCUGGGUGGUUUGUGCCACGCUGUGCUGUGUAAAAGUUGCUUUGAGUGAAGCACUUCCCGCUAUGAGCCAUCAGCAGUGCUUUGUCACCUGAACUGGGCACUCCCAGCAUCCCAAAAGCAGGAGUGAGGUGUUUGACAAAGGUGCUGGAGGGCAGGAGUCACAGGGACUGAGCUGGACAUGCACAUAAAGGUCCUGCUGCACCUUCACAGGGAGCCCCAAGCUGAGGAAAAGCUGUCUGCUGGGUUUGCCCUGGUGAGGAUUGCAGCCAUCUGGAGCCAAAAGAGUCUCAGGCAUCAAUCUGAGCAGGGAAUGAGGGGUUUCAGCAGCACUGGGGAAAUGGUGAAGGCAGGUCCUGGAGGUGAGAACAGGCUGGGCAUCCCUGGUGAGCUGCUGAACACCAAGAGCAGCCCUGACCUUUGCUGAGGGUUGGGGUGCAGCUUUAUGGGGUUACAGCCCUUGGCUGCCCAGCUGGAUGAGGAGACAGUGACUGCAGCAUCUGUGAAUCACUGAAGAUAUUUUGAAAUAUAAUUGUUGACUGGUCCCCUUUUGUGAAUGGGGGAAAUUUGGUUGAAGAAGGAGAGCACUGCUCAGCUCUGAGGCUUUAGAAGGCAAACAAGAAAACAAAAGGGCAAUUAGGAAUGGCUUUAUGAGGCAGAGCAAGGCCCAUUUAGUGGGCUCCAGCAUAGAAUCACAGACCCAAAAGUACAAAUUCCAACGGUGGAGCACAGGGUGGGACCUGUCCUCAGGCUGGUCCAUAGUGGCUAGAGCAAACUGAGAGAGGAAACUGCAGAACUAGUGUGAAAUAAUAACUUGUGUCUGAAUUACUGUGUAAUAGCAACUAAUGUUCCACCAGUGGAUGGUGUAGAUGCUUUGUAUUAUGUUUUAUAAAAAUAAAGAUUAUUUGAUUAUA